UCUCUAGAAACUGAUACCAAUAAUCCAACAUGUUAUUCGGUAUCACAACAUUUCAAAUCCUAACAACCAAAUUUCCGGUUCGGUCGGUUUUUUAUUCGGUUUCCGCUUAACAAGUAAGGUGAUAAGAAAUGCACGCGCUGAAAGACUAGCGCGUGAAGAGCAGAGGCUAUUCGACGACCUCGAGACGCAGAGAGAUCUCCAUUGGAAGGAGAUGCAGAACCCGAACUCAUCAUCUUCACUGGUGGAUUCAACCUCCGCCCCUAAACGAUACACUCCACCUAACCAAAGGAACCGUUCCUCGAACCGGAGGAGAUCAAGAGGAAGCUUCCAUAGUAAUGAGGGAGAGAGCAGUCAGUCUGUUGCUGUUGGUUUCCAGAGGGAAAACUCUUCUCCAAAGAUUAUAUCAGUAGAGGGUUGCUCUAGGAGUGAAGCUUUUCAGCUUCUCAGUGAUCGUUGGACAGCUGCAAUGCAUCUAUACAAUGACCCUAGUGUUGAUUUGUCUGAAAGACCGAUGAUGUACUAUGGUGGGGAUGUGUGGGGUAAACUGCCUCACUAAGUGAAGUCGUUUCUUGAGCGGGACUUGACCAUUACUGAUAUUGGCUUCAGCAAACAAAGCCAUCAAUGUUGCCAACGAGUUACAGAGCCGAAUUCAGUCGUGGAUUGGCUGGUUAUAAGGUCUCCAAGUUCUUAUCAUUGUUAUUCCUGAUGUCAAAAUCUAAUGGUUAUAACUCUAUGCGACAAUUGUGAAACGCUUUCAACCUUAAUUUUUAAGAUUUUCUCUAUCUAUUCAUUAUCC